AUGGCAACGCGAAACACCCUCGCGGCGCUUUACAACGUGAAUUCCGCUCGGCUUAUUUUCCUCGCGUCUCUCUCGCUGCUGUUCCUCUCUUGCUCCCAUGCCACGACUCUCUCUCCUAAAGAAUGCGAAGCGCUGGGCUUCACGGGGCUUGCUCUCUGCUCCGAUUGUGACCAACUUGCCACCUUCGUAAAAGACGCCAAGCUCGAGGCAGAGUGUCGCAGCUGCUGUGUCACUGACGAAGACACGUCCACCCAGCAGUACGCAUCGGCAGUGCUGGAGGUGUGCAUGAGGCGCGUGCAGUGGAUGCCAGUCGUUGCAGAGUUCAUUGAAACCAAGGCGCCCAGCUUCCCCAACCUGCAGGUCCGCUACCGAAUCAAUGCUCUCCCCAAGCUUAUUAUGAAGGACGCUGAGGGGAAGAACGCUGAUGUCAUUAGGAUUGAGAACUGGAAGAUGGAGCACAUUGAACAGUUCCUGAAGGAAAAACUCACGGAUGCCACUGCAGCCAGUGCUGUUGCCGCCGCGCUGGGCCUUCCAGCUACAGCCGUCGCGUCAGUGGCGGUGCGACCAUUCGCCGGCGGCUUCUCCCCGAUCGUCAAAGCGCGCCUCGACGUCACCUACACCGAUGCUUCGCGCGCACCCGACGGCGCGGACUCUGGCGCGGAUCCCGGCGCGGGUCCCGGCGACUCGUCAAAUCGGCCCAGGUCGCUCUUCAUGAAGCUCCUUCCGCCGCCGCCGGACGCGUCAGCAGGGCCGACGACGCACCAUCUAGGCGACGCGAUACUCGCGAUGGUGAAGCAGGCGCAUCGGGUGGAAGCCGCGUUCUACACUCUCGCCAUGGCGCCGCGCUCGCGCCACGUGGCCGCGGUGGUUCCGCGCGCGUAUCACGCCAAUCCCGACCAAGCCAUCUUACUCGCCGAUGUGAGCGGCUCCCCCGCUGCCACCCCUACUGCCACCACUGCUCCUGUUAGUGAGCCCGGGGCAGCUGCGGAAACAGGGCACGAGGCGGGGCACGAGGCGGGGUAUGAGGCACUAUCAGCAUGGUCCAUGGAGUUAACGGAAGGCCCGGAUGUGGAGCGCGAUGCGCUGCUGGCGACUGUCCGCGCGCUCGCUGUGCUGCAUACAGCUGACUCUAGCCCCGCUGCUUCUACCACUGGCACUGGCACCGCUGCUGCUGCUGCUGCUGCUGCUGCUGCUGCUGGCGCUGCCGCUGGCACUGGCUCCGGUGUUCCAGGUGCAGGAGGAGAGGUGCAGGGCAUUGUGCCUGGGACCGUGAAUCAGCAGCUGCUGACGUGGGACGAGCUGAUUGAAUCUCGCGCCGCCCGGGUGAUGAUCCCUGUGGAGCACAGCGCCGACAAGCUCGCCGCCCUCAUGCUCCAGUUCGCCGCCCGGUUCUGCCCGGAGGAUGCCGAACCAGGAAGCGCUCUGCACGCGCUCUGUGCCGCAAGCGCGCGGGUAGGUUAUGCAGGGCUGAUGCGUGCAAUCACUCUUCAGCCUGCUCCGGUCCCCCCUGCCGCACUUCCCCCGACUAGCCGCCUGCGGGGGAUUCUUCAUGGGGACCCGAACCCUGGGAACGUGCUGUUCCACAAGGGGAAGAAUGAGGCUCUGCUGAUAGACUUUCAGGACACGGCUGCGGGCGCUCCCGGCGUUGUAGAUCUUGCUCGGCUGCUGCUGUCCUCCCUGCAACCGGCAUCGCGCGCCAGGGUGGAAGAGGAGGUUGUUGAGGCGUAUUUGAAGAGUUAUGAGAAGUGUUAUCAGGAACAGGAGCAGGAGCAGGAGCAGGAGCAGGAGCAGCAGCAGCAGCAGCAGCAGCAGCAGCAGCAGCAGCAGCAGCAGCCAGCCCAAUCCCUGUUGCCAGUGCCGCCAGUCUUCAAGAGGGAUUUGCUGCUGGCGAUGCUGGGCGAUGCGAUGAUGAUCAUGGCGUCUGUGGGGUUCACAUUGGACGCGAGGGGCCCUGCCCUGCUGUACGCGCUGGGAGAGAGGAGCAUCAUGUGUGUGCGCGACCACUGCAAGGCGAUGCUUGCUGCUGUGCAGGAGGUGGAGGUGUCAGUGGAGGGAGCGAACUGA